GACGUAGCGUUAUUCAUCAUCAGUUUUUCCUAGAAAAAGAAUCCGAACAGACGUUAUUAAAUUGAGUCUGUGUUUGAAAAACAGUGCAUAGUGCGAUAGAUGCAAAAUCAACAGCUCGAUUGAAUUGUACCUACAUAUCAGUGAAUGAGAGACUAAAAAACAAAAACCACAACAAUGAAUUUCAAGUACUUCAUGGAGAGCGUGCUGACGUGGAUGUUGAACAACAAGACGAUAGUUUUCCUGUCGUUGCUCUCGUUCUGCUUGUUCGUGUCGGUGCUGGCGAUAGCGGGACAGAAGAACCGGCUGGUCGCGAAACUCGACCAGUGCGAAAGUGAAAAGAAUGACAUGGCUACUCCCAAACCUACUGACACUACUGGCGAUGAAACAUCAACAACAACUGAUUCAUCUACAACUGUUGGUGGUACGACACCUGACAAUUCUACACCAGAGAAUAACCCGCCUGCUUCUGGAGGGGAAGGCAAUCCAGGCGAAACAGGCGGAGGAUUCAGAUUAGCCGAUGCUGCGUGAAUUGAUUGAAUGGAUAAGAAUUAGCAUAUAACUAUUAUGAACUGUCAAGUGAUCUUUGUUGUAUAUGUCCUUAUUAUGAAUAAACAAGGUUUUUUUUUCUUUUA